AUGGCAUUAGCCGCAAGCAGGACGCUCUUGGCGCUAUUUGUGACGUUUUGCGCACCGGGAUGUGGAUGGACAGCAGAGAAGCCCCUGCGGUCACAAAAUGGGAAACAGACAUCUGUGGACAAGGGUCUGAGGGAGAGCUGGGAGCCUUCCAUUCAUCUGGAUGGAAGACCUGUGGACCGCUUCGUCAUCAGCUCCAACAAACCCACGAGGUCUUAUCGCUUCACUAAAGUGGGAAAGGACAGUCGCUCUCAUCUACUGGAGGAUGUAGACCCUGAAUGGGUUAACCUGGAUGGCUUUGCUGUAUUGGGCGGUGCACCUGUCAGCAACUCAUCAGCAGCAAGUCCAGCCAGGUCUCCACAAACUGCCGCCAGAAAUCAGCCCACUGUUCAGCGGGCCACCAGGGUGGACAGAACAGCUCGCCCAGUGGGUGUGUCCAAUACUAGGACACACAGGAGGGCGCCUCAGUCCUCGUCAGGUCCCAGGCAGCCUGAGAGAGCUUUGGCAGGAGCUCCGCUGCUGGAAAGGAGACGCCAACACCACACCAAGCCCCAAUCUGACCAGAGGAACCGAAACACACAAAAACUAACGUCUGAGUCCGUUCAUGUGGUGUCACUGCAGGCACAGAAGGCCCUGGGACAGAGCGCACGCGCCAACAGAGCAGUCAUGACCAAAACAACCACACCAGAGCCACCAGAGUACGUGGCCCGGGACAUCAGUGUCAGGGUCAUGUCUCCUCAGUCGGUCCUCAUCUCCUGGAUUGACCCUGCUGUUGAGAUGGGGAAGGUCGGCCCAGAAGUAAUCAGAACCUACACAGUUAGAUACAGGGAGAAGGGUGAGUCAGCACGCUGGGAGUACAAGGACAGCACCCAGAGGAGGAUGAUGAUAGACACCCUGUCUGCUGACGGCAUGUAUGAGUUUGCUGUCAGAAUCUCUCAGGGAGAAAAUCAUGGGAAGUGGAGCGUCUCCGUCUUCCAGAGGACCCCGGAGUCAGCACCAUCUGGGCCCCCAGAGAACUUCGAGGUCAAGCCGCUACGGGGGAAAGGAACGGCCGUGAUAGCAACAUGGGAUCCACCUGAUGAGCCCAAUGGGAGAAUAAGAGAGUACAUCCUGUCUUAUGCUCCUGCUAUGAAGCCAUUUGGAAUGAAAAGUGUGAAUUACCGUGGCACCCUAACCUCAGCCACAGUAGAUGGCCUAACACCAGGAGACCGGUACAUCUUCAAGAUUAGAGCCACCAACAGGAGGGGACAGGGACCACAGAGCAAGGUCUUGAGUGUUGUCAUGCCAGGAUCCAGCAGCGCUGCCUCGUCAUUCUCAAAAAUCCAGGAGAGCCGUAGGACUACCCACACCCCCUCCAAACAGGACACCGACCAUGAUGAAUCUGACCUUCAGGCAACAGAGGUGCCAGAAGAACUGACUACAACCCCUCAGUCGCGUCCUGCCGCACCUGCCAGCAGGCGGGUACGCCCACUAUCUCAGUCACGCUCCUAUCACAGCAUCUUCUCCUCUGUGAGGGGCUCAGUCAGGAACACGCUGAACAGAGGGUCGUCCAGAGGACGAGCUCAAGAUAGAGAAGAGGAAGAAGAAGAGCUAAUACCUACAACACCUGCACCGGUGGAAGAGACAACAACCAUGGAGGUUGUACCGGAGACAAAAGAACCAGACAACAAUGUUUCCCCUGAUUUUGAAGAAGAAGUGGGAUAUGAUGAAGAGCCUCCGACUACGGAGGCCCCCAGCCUCAAAGUUGUGACACCCUCCCCAACCAAAGCUCGUCCCAAACCAAUGCCUAGAAGGCCCAUUAAGAUCAGGGUCCAUCAAAAACCAGGAACAAAGGAUGAUUCCUCCUCUUCUUCAUCUUCUACUUCAUCGUCCUCAUCUUCUGCCUCAUCCUCCUCUUCAUCUUCCUCUUCAUCAUCCUCGUCUUCUGCCUCAUCCUCCUCUUCUUCUGAUUCAUCCUCGCCUUCUAUGACCUCAUUGUCCUCCUCCUCACAUGUUCAAGAGUCGGCAGCCAGUAGAAAGGACUAUGUAGCUUCCACAUACCCGGAGAGCAAAGACACCUACGAUAAGCCCAGCACAACAGACACAAAACCCUCCUCUACAGUUGUAAAAGAGACAAAUUCACAGCAGACGGAGGCUACAUCUGCUGAUAGAGGGUCAGCUUCAGCCGGGCGCAGCAAUGGUUCUGGGUUGGGCUCAAGAUACGGUUACAGUCGAAGACAUCCCAGGAUUAUGCUCAGAGGGAAUUCAACUCGAAUGCUGAAUGGUAACAAACCUGCCGUCACCUCACAGUCAAAUUUACCAAGCAGAACUUCGGACCCAGUUACUUCAAACACGCGUAGUUCACAGACCACUUUAACAGACAGGACUCAAAACCAGGGAGCAUCACAUACUUUAAACUCAGCAACAUCCAGGUCUCCUUCAGGAGCAGGAACCAACAGCCAGGCAACAUCAGAUGCAUAUAAUUCAGACAAAACACAGUCCACAUCAAGGUCUAGAACUGAAGGCUCUACAACUUUGCAGGGCUCCAAUCCAUCAACUUCACAGAGCAGAUCAAACCAGCCGUCCACCUCAGACACAGCCAGCUCCUCUCAGUCAACUUCACACACAUCACCUGAGCGAGACACAUCAUAUAGGGAAAGGAAUAAUGACAAUAAUUACAAAAACACAGACGCAGAAGUAACCAAAGUGGAAGAGCCCACUUCAAGCUCUAAACCACAACCCACAGAGGAGGAGCGAGGGGAGGAGAGCAGUAAUGAGAAACCUGCGGUUCCUCGUACCAGAAUUAGCCCAUCAUUUGCUGAAAGGUUCCCUUGGCUAGCUAGCCGUUACCCAGGCAGGUUUGGUUCAGGGACAAGAACUUCAUCUUCUAGGCAGGAUGGUAGGACCCCCUUGACAAGGGCUUCAUCCUCUAUUGGGGCUGGCAGGCCGAUCUUGAGGGGGACACCCACCAGGGUUUCUGGGGCCACAGGAGCUGCAGGAGUAUCAACAAUACAGGAGACUAGUGAAGAUCUGAGGACUCAUGACUCUCUAAAGAAUGGGGUGGGGCUGGGUUCAGAAAAGCCUUCUUUGACCAAUCAGAAUACAGCAUCUAGUGUAGCCAGAAACCCAACUACCUCAUCAUCUUCAUCAUCUUCCUCUCCAGCAGACACUUCUUCAAACUCCCAUCAUUCCUCAGGUGGACACAGAGACUCAAGUGAGCCUGUCCAUAGAGGAACCUCUAAUGACAAUAAUAACGAACAUAAUGAGGAUUACCUCAAUGAGAGGAGUACACAAAUCAGUGGGAAAGAUGAUAAAGUUGCAGAUCCUUCAGCAGCCCAAAAGACUAUAACUUCAGGUGAUCCAAACAGAAACAUAGAGGACAACGAUAGUGUGGAUCCAAGGGAAACUCCUUCUAGGACAAGGCAUGGCACUCCAACUUAUCGUCGUCCCGGUGUGGGCAUGAACGGGAGGGGACGCCCUCCACUGCUUGCUAACAGGCAGUUUGGUGGAUCUAGGCUUCCCAUUAGACCACAGCCAGCACAGAACUCAAGACUGGGUUCUUCAACAUUGGAUUCCUCCUCUUCCUCAUCAUCAUCUGACUCCUCUUCUUCCUCAAAUGUGCCCCAGCCAGUUCUGACCUCAGAUCGGGACGUUGGCAGUGGCACUACUGUGACAAAGACUGGGGGACUAAUAGGAGGUAACUCGCAGUCUACAUCAUCAUCCUCAGCAUCUUCAUCGUCAUCCAGAGACAGCUUUAGGGGCCAGGGGGGUCGGUCUCGCUAUCCCAUCGUUAGAGGGAAACCAACCAAUGGAGGACAACUAAAGCCUGACAAUGGAAAUGGUAAAAAUGGACGACCCAACCUGACAGCAACAAGUGAUAAAGAGUCCCCUUCCUCUCAUGGAACUAGCAAAGCUGUCGGUCAAAAGUUUAUCACAGGACCUGAUGGAACCAAAUGGGUAUUAGACUUGGAGCAAGGGCUUCUGAUGAACCAGGAUGGACAAGUUCUGCAAGACUCCCAGGGCAAACCUAAGAGAGUGGUGCUGGGAGAGGAUGGACGCACGAUUUUUGACCACAUGGGCAGUCCACUUGUAAACCAGGAAGGUAUGGCUCUGUUUGGCCACGGCCGAGACAGCCAGCCUGUGGUCAACCCCAAAGACAAGGUCCUCAUGCUUGGAGGGAAACCUGUACUUGGCUUGGACCUUCCUCACCUCAAGACCACCACAACCACCACCAUGGCUCCCACCACCACACCGGUACCCACCACCACUGACUGGAUCAUAGAUGAGUCUACAACUGAAGUACCGUUCCCAACUUGUCCACCAGGAACCUUCUCCAAAACAGAUGAAUACGGGUAUCCAGUUCUGGAUCCAGAAGGAAUAUUGGAUUGUUACCCAGAAGAGGAAUCCUCAGGAAUGGAAAUGGACCACAUGGUUACAGUGAACAUGGUGCCUGAUGCUUUAGCUCUUAAGAAAGAUGAGUAUUCUGAUCAGACCACCCUGCCACCCACAACCACCACUGCUGCAACCACCACCACCACCACCACCACCACAGAGAUCCCAACUCCAGGGCCAGACACCAGACCCCACAACCACGGCCCGUCAUCCGAGAUUGACCUCGGUGGGAAGAAGCGAUUCACAGCUCCCUAUGUGAACUACAUCCGGAAGGAUCCGGCUUCUCCUUGCUCCUUGACGGAAGCUCUGGAGUAUCUUCAGGUGGACGUCCUAGAAGACCUGAUAGAGAAGGACAGCCUGACAGCCAAUCAGAAGCUGCCUCCCAAACACAAGCCUCAUAACUUCACCGUGGUCGCCAUGGAGGGCUGCCACUCAUUUAUCAUCCUGGACUGGGGCCGCCCGCUGAAGGACGAUAUGGUGUCAGGCUACAUGGUCUACAGUGCUUCAUACGACGACGUCCUCAACAACAGAUGGUCCUCUAAAUCCUCCAGCGGGACACACCUGCCUGUGGAGAAUCUCAAACCCAACUCUAGGUACUACUUCAAAGUGCAGGCCAAGAAUGUGUUUGGUUUGGGACCCGUCAGCGAAACUCUUACCUAUGUCACAGAAUCAGACGAUCCUCUUCUCAUUGAAAGACCACCUGGUGGAGAACCAAUCUGGAUCCCAUUCACCUUCAAGUAUAACUCAGCCCACAGCAGCUGUAAAGGCAGCCAGUACGUCAAGCGGACAUGGUACAGGAAGUUUGUGGGCGUGGUGUUGUGUAACUCUCUGCGAUACAAGAUCUUCAUGGGAGAUGGUCUAAGAGAGCCCUUCUACAGUAUAGGAGAUACAUUCGGACAGGGAGAGGACCACUGCCAGUUUGUGGACUCCUACAGGGACGGGAGGACAGGUCCGACCUACCUCUCAAAUCAUCUGCCCUCUGCACAAGGAUUUUAUCGUGCCUACAGACAGGAGCCAGUUUCAUUUGGCGUUAUUGGCCGACGCACACCCCAUCCGUUCGUGGGUUGGUAUGAGUGCGGCGUGCCCAUCCCUGGGAAGUGGUAACACAGGAGGAGACAUUGUAACCGAGGGCGACCCUUCUGCAUCCUGCUGCAGGCGCUUCCCUUCACCGGUCCUGCCCUUAAAAACAGACUUUUGCCUGCCACAAUGAAACAACACCACUACGAAUUUAUAACAGCUUCACAGAAAGAGAAUAUAGUACUUUUUAAACAACUCAAUGUAUAUCAUUACAAUGCACUUUUUUAUAUGGAGCAGUCUGUAUAUGAGGGAAAAAAAGAAGCAUGUGUGCUCUUGCUUAGUGUAACUCUUGUCUGAAAGUGUCCUUGUACUAUCCCCAACUAUCCCAGAGACAGGUCCUCACCCCGUGUUAUUUAUCUCAUCAAUAAUGCACACACACAGUCAAAACCAGUGACAUUGGACCAAAGCACAAGCUGCAAAGCAAACUGUAAGAAUGGGCACUUAAGGUGUGUAUAGGUCUGUUAAUUUUCAAUCGUGAGAUUUGUAUUUCAUAAUGUAACAGCUUCGGAAAGCUACUUUUUGUUUGUUUAUUUGUGUUUUUAAACCAUCAUACUGUUAUUUUUUUUGUUUUUUUUGGUAUUCACCAGAAUUCAUUAAAAGUUACUGUGUAAGUUUUGUAUGUAUACAGACAAAGAAUAAAAGACCAAAUAUUUGCUCAGGAAUUGUGGGAGAUUGAAUAAAGGUGUUGUGGAAACCACAGCAAUC